AUGACGGGGAGUCCAGGAAGUGGAAGAAUGGUGACGGGCGUCAUUCCACCAGGAAGUGUAGUGGCGACCAGUAGGGGGGGAGGGUGGUGUCGGAAUGUGGAGAGGUGCGAGUGUGUCUGGGUUCUCCUGAUCUUCCUUAUCUUCCUCUUCACACUGAUAUGGAUGUAUGUCACGCUGAUCCUAAAAAACGACAUACACAACUUCAAUGAAGAAAUCUUCCGGUUGCUGGGCUUGUGGCAGGACUGGUCUGUGGUGUUUAUAACGGUGGCGGCCGUCCUUCUCGCCUAUUGUGCUGUCCUGAUGAUCAUCUCCAUGUGCCUCCUCCUGUGCGCUCAGCCCCUCAGACUGCACUGGGUCCAUAAGGUUCUGCUGGCGUUCUGCACCGUGCUGGUAUCUCUGGGAAUUAUCGGUCUGUACUUCAAGUGGAAGAUUGAAUGGGCCGCGGUCGCCGUCUCGUUGCAGGCGACGAGUCCGUUUCUGCACAUUGGCGCUGUGUUUGGGGUCUCCGCCUUGGCCUGGGUCCUCGCCGGAUAUUUUUGGGAGACGAAGCUCAAAGUAUUGAAGUGUCUCCUCCUGGUUGUGUACUGCCUCCUUGUGUGCGCGUUGUUUGUGAGUCCCAUCUUCGCCACAUCACCCUGCGUCAUGAAUGCGUCUGAGCUCACCCCCAGACCCCAAAUUAUAGGACAUCGCGGAGCACCAAUGUUGGCUCCAGAAAACACAAUGAUGUCAUUCGAGAAGCUGGUGGAAUCUGGCGGAAAGGUGUUUGAAACGGACGUUGUGGUGAGCUGGGAUGGGGUCCCCUUUCUGAUGCACGAUGACACUCUGCUGAGGACAACCAACGUCAUUGACGUGUUUAAAAAUCGAUCGCGUGAAAACUGCGCUAACUUCACCUGGAGCGACCUGAAGAUGCUGAACGCUGGUGAAUGGUUCAUGCAGAGAAACCCGUUUGGAACAGCCGGUGAUGCUGAGCGUGAAAAGGUGAAACAACAGAAAAUUCCAUCUCUAGAGGAAAUGAUCAAUACAUGCAAAGACCGGAACAUCUCCAUCAUGUUUGAUCUGCGGAGGCCGCCUCCUGGGCACCCCUAUAACGAGAGCUUUGUGAAUGUGACAGUCCAUACCAUCCUGAAGACUUCUAUCAGUGAGGAGCUGAUCCUUUGGCUUCCCGAUGAUGACCGGGAAGAAGUGAUGCGACAAGCUCCCGGUUUUCGGCAGAUUUAUGGAAGGAAGAGACAGGAAAAUGACACGUUGGACGCCGUCAAUCUGUCCUAUACAAAUCUGAGCGUGGACGACAUCCGGUCAUACCGCAAAGAUAAUAUUUCGGUGAAUCUGUUUGUGGUUAACAAACCCUGGCUGUUCUCCCACGUGUGGUGUGCAGGAGCCACAUCUGUCACCUCCAAUGACUUCCAGCUGCUGAAUAACCAAAGCAAACCCAUAUGGCUGCUGAAUCCGAAUAGUUACUUCAUCAUAUGGAUCGUGGCGGAUGUUGUGGCGUUAAGUCACAUUAUUUGGGCAUUUGUGCUGCAGAGGGGCCACCAGAGGUUUUACCUCCUCAUACUGUAUGUACAUCGAGAGCCGGAAAGUAUGAAUGACACCACAUUGUAA